AAAAGACAAGAAGAAGAAGAACGCCCAUUUUGCUCACACCGUCUAGGCAUCGAAGUGUGCUGAAAUAUUAACAGACAGAAGAGGACAAAGAGCUGCAAUGGACGGUGAUGUUGCAGUUGGUGUGAAGAGAGGCUCAGAUGAGCUCAACAUGUACGGUAGCAGCCCCAACUCUAUGACUGCAAACGGCAGUGACAGUAAGAAACAGCGUCUGGAUGAAUCCCCUCCCUCCAGAGUUCUCCACAUCAGGAAACUUCCCAAUGAAGUGUCAGAGACUGAAGUCAUUGCUCUGGGGCUGCCCUUUGGGAAGGUCACCAAUAUACUGAUGCUGAAAGGGAAAAAUCAGGCGUUUCUAGAGUUGGGUACAGAGGAAGCAGCCAUUACUAUGGUGAACUACUACACAGCUGUCACACCACAGGUCAGAAACACUCCUGUCUUCAUCCAAUACUCCAACCAUAAGGAACUGAAAACAGACUCAGCUCUGAACCAGAGGGCCCAGGCAGUGUUGCAGGCAGUGUCAGCAGUUCAGGAUGGAAGCUCACCGUCCUCUGACCCUGGAGUGUUGGACCUAGCUCCACCCCCCAGCCCUGUCCUGCGAAUUAUCAUUGACAACAUGUUUUAUCCUGUGACCCUGGAUGUUCUCCAACAGAUCUUCAGUAAGUUCGGGACCGUAAUGAAGAUUAUAACCUUCACCAAGAACAACCAGUUUCAGGCUCUUCUGCAGUUCAGCGACCCCGUCAAUGCACAGCAAGCUAAACUGUCUUUGGAUGGACAGAACAUCUAUAAUUCAUGCUGCACUCUGCGGAUAGACUUCAGUAAACUGGUUAACCUCAACGUCAAAUACAACAACGAUAAGAGUCGAGAUUACACCAGACCAGACCUUCCUACUGGAGAUGGAGAGUCGGCCAACAAGGAUCAUUCUUUAUUGGGUACCCCAUCUGGAGCGCUAGCUUCCUACUCUAGUGGAGGAGGUUACUCGUCUUCUCUCUCUCUCUCGCAGGGUGGAGGAGCCAUUAGUCCAUUGAGUGCCGCAGCGGCGGCGGCAGCAGCUGCGGGUCGGGUUGCUCUGUCUGGGUCCGGAGUGUCAGGGGUCCUGUUGGCGUCCAACCUGAAUGAAGAGAUGGUCACGCCUCAAAGUCUCUUUACCCUCUUCGGAGUCUACGGUGAUGUCCAGAGGGUAAAGAUCCUCUACAACAAAAAGGACAGCGCUCUGAUACAGUUGUCUGAUGGCAACCAGGCUCAGCUGGCUAUGAGCCACUUGAACGGUCAGAAGGUGUUUGGUAAAGUGAUGAGAGUAACGCUGUCUAAACAUCAGACGGUGGCUUUGCCCAGAGAAGGAUUGGAUGACCAACUACUAACGAAAGACUUUUCUGGCUCUCCACUCCAUCGCUUUAAGAAGCCAGGAUCCAAAAACUUCCAGAACAUCUUUCCUCCAUCUGCAACACUUCACCUCUCCAAUAUCCGGGAUGGAGUUGGAGAGGAUGAUCUGCGUCUUCUGUUCUCUAACAGCGGAGGAACCGUCAAGGCCUUCAAGUUCUUCCAGGACCGUAAGAUGUCUUUAAUCCAGAUGUCGUCAGUCGAGGAAGCGAUUCAGGCUCUGAUGGACCUUCACAACUACGACAUGGGAGGAAAUCACCAUCUGAAAGUUUCCUUUUCAAAGUCUACCAUCUAACCCUAACACCCGACUCCUGAACCUUAAGAUCUAUGACGAGCGAGGAAGUCACUACUAUUUGUCUCCUUAUUUUACAUUUUCUGUUAACCUCUUCUGCGCUACCCCCAAACCUUUGAUUAAGCAGUACAAUAUAUAUCUCUGAAACGUUCAAAACUUCAAAUUCAAACUAAACCAUUUGAAAUAGUUUUCAGUUAAAAUACUGAGAAUCAAAAUUCCACAAAGGACAUUUUGUCAUCCAGUAGAAGCAGUACGUGCUUCAGUCCUUACCACCAGUGGUUUAACGUCUCACCUUGCUUAAUCUAAAAGUGUACUCUAGGGUGAGUCAGUACACCUUGACAUCACAGUAGGGUGUGGUUAUUAGUGCAAUUAAGAACACUUCUGACCACAGCCGUCAGUGGUGCUGGUUGAAUCCUUCAAUCAUAGGGGGUCAGUAAACUUUUCAGCCUGCUGUCACUCUAUAGAGCAGUUUUAGUUCUUAAUUGACUCUGUAUCACCUAUAUCAUUGCUAAGUGCAGAUAGCUGGGGGGUUUUUUGUUUGUUUUUUUGUUGCUCUGCCCAGUGAUCACCUGUCAGUGUCUCCUUCCUUGCAUUUUCUGUCGAGGUUUACGUUCCAUUAAUUAAUGAUCUGUUAUUUUUAUAUACAUACAUUGUGUCACGAUUGUAGUCAUGUGACUCCUCUUUCCUUUCCUGGUAGGCGGUCAACAGCUGCCAUCAAAUCAGGAUGUCUUUUGAACCGUGCAGUUUCUGACACACACAUUCUCAGUGUGCUGGUUUGCUCCUCCAAAUCUCAUCCUCAUCAUCUGUGCACUUUGGUGCUCUCAAAAUCAAAACAUACGGAUAUCUUGGACAUUUUGUUCUAAUCUACAAGCUUAAAAGAGUUGAUGUGGUUUAAGUGUGAUUCACACUGUUCUCUCAUCCGCAAUGUAAAUAUGACCUGUUUUACAUUACCAGCACCCAAUGAUACUUUGUAGGCGUUUUAGCAACCUACACUAAAACAGCUUGUAGCUUUAACACAGAUUCACUUUAAAUGUAGUUUAAAAGCCAGACGUUAACUCAAGUUUGAGGACUUAAGUACACAGAAGUCCUCUAAGAAGCUAUUUCUAAAUUUCGAGAGGCAGCUUUUCUUAACUGCCGUACUUCCUUGCUGUUGUUCCCAUAGCCGAACAAUCACUUUAAAUCUGUUUAUUCAUACCUGAUUUGAUCAAAAGUAUCAAGUUCGUCAUGGAGAUGUUUAAUGGAAUUCUGUGAAAUGGGAGUAGUAAUUUGCAGAGGACAAUUGAAUACCCCUGAUAUCGCCUUUACAAAAUAACUAGGAAUGUAUUGACAUUAACAUGUUGCUGACAUGAAGUAAUACUUCGGAUCCAAAGUUGGAGUUUCCUUAAUGAGUUGACCCUUCUUAAGUCCCGCCCCUUUUCACACAGGUGAGCAACCUUGGUCAACUUUCUCCUCUCCUGUACUUAGAUAUGCUAUGUGCUAGGCUCAUCGGUGUUGAAAAAACAACCAAAUUUUGUAGAUGCUCAAAAGACAAAAACAACAUAUCGAGAGAUAUAUAUAGUCACAGCUGAAGUUACGUAGCUAAUGUUAGCAAAAUACUAGCUAACCAGCUAGCUAAUUUAAUAAAUAAUUUAAUUUAAUUUACAUUUACAAAAUUUGGUUGUCUUUCCAACUUAGAUUAGCCUAGCACGUAGCAUAUCAAAGUACAGGAAAGCAGAUAGUUGACAGAGGUUCUGGCCGAGGUUGCUCACCUGUUAUUGGAGCACAGAGCAAAAAGGAACGGGACUUAGGAAGGAUCGAUAGAGCUACCUUUGAUGAUCCUGUUUAAAUGCCAUCCCAGUCUUUCAUGAACCUUUGCUGUGAGUGGGUGCACACACAUACACAGGAUGCAUGCAAAUGCUGUCUGUAGAGACAAGGUUUCAACAUGUGAUUCUGGUCUUGGUCUCUGAUUUUGGGAGGAGACCUGUUGGGACCAAAGCACAUGUGCCUUUAGUCUGAUUUGAUCUCUUCUGUCUUAACAGAUUAUUUUACUGGUAAUGUUUGUUGGUUUUGUGUGGUAAACCUUUAGAAACAGAUUAUUUUUGUUAAUUAUUUUUAAAUAGAAGUGAACCCUGUCCUCCCAGUCCUCUGUUUGUCUUAACAGUGUAAGCUUAUAUGUCAAGCAGAGAUGCACAGAAAACUGGGUCACUGUUUGAACCGGGGUUAUCUCCAAAGUGGGUUUUUAUUUUUCACUCAUCUCUGGUUCUUACUUACCGCUGUUUUUCUUUUAGGAGAUUGUUGUACAUUUUCUACUUGAGUUAAUUUUAUUUUGUGGUAAGAUUUCAGAUUGGCCCUAAUUAAACGUGUCUUUUCUACCAACAAGCCCAAGUUAAAUUGUGUGUGUGUUUGUGUGUGUUGGGACUAGGUUCAGGCCUCCACUCUCAUCUGUAUCUUACUUGUCAAUAAACUUCUCUCACUCUGU